AUGAGGUCUGCACGCCAGCACUGUGAUUCCCAUAUUACGCAUGUGCCGAAGAAGAAGCUUUUUGUGGUGGCCGCUUUUAUAGCGCUCUUCUUUAUCAUCUCCCUCACCAUUGGUAACUGGCCGCUGCCCAAGGCACCUCAAUCGGCCGUUAUUUCUCAUUCUGAUGUAAUGCAUGAUGCAGAUAACACCACUGAUGAGCAUGAUUUACAUGGCAUGCAGCACCUGAAAAACAUUUCUGCGAAUGUCCCUGUUCCGUUCUUGAGCCCGUGGGGAGACAACCGUCUAGCUGUCUUUCGCGAGUGGGUGUACAUUUACCGUAGCAUCCGUGCUGACAUUCAACGCCUUGAUGGCACCAACAACCCUAAAGGCGAGCCUGUUCCACACAAUUCAUCUCCUGGGUCAGGCAGACGCAUUCAGGUUUUAGUGUACGACGUUAACGAUGGAUACUUUACGCUUUCUCUUAUUAAGUUUCUGCCAGAGAUGUUUGUAACAAGCGUUGUCUUCGACAAGUGCAGGCAUUCUGCUAAAAAAACGGCUGAAUGUCCGUCUCCUGUGCAGCUUUCAGAGAACAUUGAGAAAAUGUGGAAGGAGCUACGGAAGCCGGAUGAUGUGGUGUCAGAUCCGCCUCUUUCCGUGUGUGUGUCACCAGAGAUGUCACUCCUUCGCUUAGGUGGUAUAGGGAGCAGACAUACAUUGGCAGAUUACCAGAUUGCAGUUUCACUAUUUGACCACUUUACCCUCACCCCAACCAAGGCGACAUUUCAACGAUUGCUCAUCGCAGUUCUCAAGAGUGCCUCUGUUGCCACUUUCAUCAGCCUUCCCAGGUUUCGUGCCCCUAUCAAGAGAAAACCGAACCAGCCGCCGCGUUGGUAUGAAUCUGCGUUGGAUCCUGAGGAGUUGAUAAAGGAAGCGGCGAAUAGUUUUUCCCUUCAAGUGUCUGUCACACCUCUUGUCUCCGUGUGGAGGUCCGGGGGGAAUCAAAGUGUGCUACGCGUGGAGGUCUUGCGGAAUAGCAAGGAGGAAGCAGGGGAAAACAUGCAAUGCAAUUCCCGUCGAAAAAUCCUGCGCUGCACUUCCCAAGGCCAUUUUGCGCGCUGCCCUUGA